UUUUUUCGCACGUUUGCUUAAAUAAUUCUGUAGUCACUCAGAAUAAAGCAGCACAGUGACACACACACAAAAGAAAUAACGGGAAUACUUCAAAAAGAAAAAGAAAUUCAGAGUAUCCUUCACCCUACGACCCCAUCAUUCACCUUAGAAAUCGGUGUACCAAACUCUCAUGUAUAUAUAUGUAUAUACAUACACACUCAGAUGCCAUAAAGUAGCGGGGGUGGAGAGAAAUUCAAAACCAUCGCAUCAAGUUCCCAGAAAGGUAACAACCAAAACCGUUGAUCGCAAUGAAAAUGGAUCAUCAAGAGCGUUGCAGGUGGCCAGAGCAGAAACGAUCUUUUCUUCAAGGAGACGAGUUCUUUCACAAAAUUCUCUCGAGGAACUCUUCCACGGGCUACUCUUCUAGUAUCUAUUAUCACCGGAGCACUGAAGGAGUUCCCUUCGAGUGGGAAAUGCAGCCAGGGACGCCCAAAGUCCUACCAAAGGAUGAAGUGAUUCCCCCACUCAGCCCUCCACCGGCUGUCCUGAGCUUAGGUCUCCCUAAACGAUGCAUUGAACAGCCUAAGGCUCAAACCCGGCCAAAGCUUGGGUUUUGGAACAAAAGCAAGAAUAACAAAGAAAGUAAGAACAAAGAUAAGGCAGGUCCUCGAGGAAGUCACUGUUACACAACUGACUCGGACAAAUUCGAUAGGUUUGAGUUAUGUAGUAGCUCCUCCGACUCUGAGUUUUUGGCAUCACCGCAAAUUUCAAGCUCUUCAUCAUCAUCAUCAUCCUCGUCUUUGUCAAACGGUUCUUCAUUGCAGUCAUCAAGAUUACAGAGUCCGGGCAGGGAUUCAUUUUGUGGGCAUCUCAGUUGCAGUCCUUGGAAUAUAAGCGCGCUUCUGGUGUCAAUUGCAAGGCGAGUUUGAUAUGAUGUAGAUUCUUCUUGUUAUAUAUAUUGAUAAAUAUUUCAAAGGCUAGCCACUAUUCGUAAAAAAUGUAUUUUGUUCAUUUGUGUUAUGCUAUAUAUUGAGACGUGACAA